AUGUAUAAUCAAGGCAAGAUCAUGCGCCGCCUGCUGGGCAGGCCUACCAACGACUCGACCGCCAGCGACAACAACCUAGGUCAUACUGGUUCGCCCAUCCCUCCCACCUUUCGCCCCAACGCCUCGCAAGAUGUCGACUACACAGCAGGUGGGCCAAUCGCAUGCUUGGAUAAGUCACCGGACGGGAAAUUCGCCGUCCUCGGUGGUAGACACAUUCUCAAGACAAUCCAGAUCGAUGGCUCCAACAUCAAGGAAGGUAUCGACUUGCGCGCGAUCAUUACUUCCCAGCCCAACACCAAGCCCGGCACGUCCACCACCGUUUCCGACCAGCUGUCAAUCAAGGAUGUCAAAUGGGCCAUCAACCCCGCGGGAGAAUCCGUCAUCUUCACGGCUUGCGCCAACGGCCGCAUAUUCCAGUACAACCUGACUCGCCUCGGAUCUCGCCCCCCCGGCGGUCUCGGGCUGGAGUUUGUCCAGGCUCGGGAGGAUUCUCGUCAGAUCAACACCCUGGACAUCAACCCGCACAAGAGCUCGUGGCUGCUUUCCGGCAGUCAAGACGGCAUUGUGAGAUGCUUCGACACCAGGGAUUGGGGUACAACCAAGAGUGGCCAAGGACCACAUCGAGCCUUCAAGUCUUUUAGGUGCAAUGCUGAGGGCAUUCGCGACGUCCAGUGGUCACCAAAGGAUGGCUUCAUCUUUGCCUGCGCAACCGAGUCUGGCGCAGUCUUCAAGUGGGACAUCCGGAAGACAAGUGCUCCUCUUCUCAGAAUCAAUGCUCACGACCCCACCAGAGGUGUCUCCUGCAUUGCCUGGCACUUUGACGGCGAAUCUCUCCUCAGCGCUGGACUAGACAACGCCAUUCAUGUUUGGGAUGUGUCGGAUGGCGCCGACAAGAGGCAAAAGCCCAAAUGGACCAUCUCGACACCAGCUCCUGUAACCUGUGUAUCCUGGCGACCAGCACUGCGGUCUGUCUCUGCUAGAGGCAGACGAGCCGCACAGAUUGCAGUCUCCUAUGUUGACGGACCAACCAAGGGUUAUGGUAUUAGUCCGGUACAUGUCUGGGAUUUCGGUAGGCCCACUAUGCCAUUCAAGGCGAUCGAUCGCUUUGAGUAUUCCCCCAAUGUCACGUUAUGGCAAGAUCAAGAUCUGCUCUGGACGGUUGGUCUAAAUGGCUUUUCGCAAUGCGAUGUAGCCUACGCUCCCAAGGUCGUCGAUCGAAGGCCUACUUCGGCUCUUGCUUUUGCUCCCCGUGGCCACGUGCUUAUGGUACUGGAAGAGCGGGCACCCUCUCGCAAGCCUCACCCCGCCAUCGCCACCCAGGAUAUGCUUCCGUCUUCGUUCAGUUCCAGUCCGAACGCCCAAGUGCUGAGUCACAGUCGUAGUGAUUCUGAGGAAGACGUCGUUGGUAGUUUUCUUGGUCCCUCAAAGCUGGCGGGCCGACGCCCCAGCGCCAAUGCCAGCUCCCGUCCUGCCGCCUCCUUCAGCACAACACCCCCUUCUGGCACUGAUGAGCCUGUCAUGCCACUGAGCCAAUCAAUCGGCAUCACUCAGGGUUUCAAGCCGAGUCAAGUCAUGGCAAUAGGCCAAGUAACUGCAUCUUCAAAGUCUAAACACUACCUGUUUCUCUCGCGUCAUUACCUUGAGACGCUUUACAUGGAUUUGCCCCAUGUCGAAGGCGGCAGUCCUCUCAAUGUGCGCGUUUGUGGUAUCAUGGAACACUGGGCUCGCGCUGCCGAGAGUAUUGGCCAGAUCCGACUUGCUCAGACCUGGCGGGUUCUUGCUCCAGCUUUCAACCAUCUACUCAACAGACGAGCACAAUAUCACCUUGAGCUGCGCAUGGCCAGGCGCAAGAAUGCAAAGUCUCCAAUGCUUAAGGCGCGAUCCGAUUCCAAGCUUAACCUUCAGAGGCUUAGCAAGUCUGCAGCGAAUCAGGCAAGCGGCGACGAAACCUCUCGGAAAACAGGCUCUGUAGGAUCGGUCGAGACUCGCCACUCCCUGGCGCCAUCCCUCCUAAGUGGAGAGGCUGACAGUGAAUCCAAUGUCCCGACGCCUAUCGCUCGUCCAAUCAGGGAAGACAUGCCUGAGUAUCACCAAUACGUUCCAGGCAAAGUCUUGACACCAGUGAAGGAAUUGGACAGCUUUACGCUACCCCCCGCCUCUUAUAAGGGGUCAGAGCGACCAGGUCUGCGACAACGGCAUGACUCGGCUCCCUUAUCCGUGAUCAGUCAAGAUACUCACAUCUCUCAAGAUUCACAGAUAUCCAGCACCGAGGGCUACGAUUUUUAUGAUGUUGAUGCAGUAGACGGGAUUCCUCAAGCUAUCGACGUACCUAAGAAGAAGGAGCCACUGUCAUUGGAUUAUGUCGAUGCUGGCCCUUCAAGUGACCGAAGACCUCAGCCGGAACGCCACGAUUCUGACGAAAGUUUUGGACAAAUAUUUUCAGUCUCCGACGGCGGCCGCCUCCCGACUGAGACUAGUUCAGUUGCCGGCAGCUUACGCCGCGUGGCGAGUCACCCCGUGGGCAUGGUCGGCUCCAACACGUCUUCCGUAGAGGAAUAUCAGAGUCGGAUUCGAGGCAAGCAGAUACCGGAAUCGACAGGAACUUUGCACCCUGCGGUUUCGCAAGAUUUAGUCCGCCAUGAUUCCGACAGCUCCAGAGACAUCUUCAUGAUAUCGCAGACUACUGCAGAUAGUGGUGACAGUCAGGUGUCGCAAGAAGGGUAUCACGACCUCUCACAUCGAUCCCCGCACCCUUCGCCCAUCCAGCUCAGGGUGAAAGAACCACAAUCACCUCGCAAACAUUCCCACGAGCGUCUGGCAUCAGACCGACCUGAAGAGAGCACCUCAACCGUGAUCAUCGAGGCUGAUUUCAUGCCUUGGGAAGAUGAUCCACCAUAUCCGUUCCCAUUGUCUAAAGAGACGGACAGCAGAUUGACCACUCCAUCAAUAGAUCCCUACGAGAUGCUCUCGCGAGCUCUUUCUCACGAAACCCGGAGUUCUGCGCUCAAUGCAUCCGCCAUGAUCCUACUCCUCCGGCCGUUGGUCCCGGAAGAAGUCAUUGAUCAUCACCAAGCCACAGCUAUUUUACGACAUCAUCACGACCGCCUGAUGAGGCAAAAAUACUUUGUCGAAGCUGCAACACUUAGAAACGUUUGCGUUCCUGGUUGGAAUGGUUUGGACGAGUGGGGUGAUAAUUAUACUAGCAUAUUUCAUCCCGCCCAAGACCCGCAGCGCGUCUCGGCAAGCUUUACCUGUCCGAAUUGUCAUAAGCCACGCGAGAUCAAUCGUGGUGAAAACAAUAUGGGCAUAUGGAAAUGCGAGAGGUGUGGAUAUGCUAUGGGGCCCUGCGUCAUCUGCGGGCACCGUGAUGCCACUGUGGUUUCGAACCCACCCAUGGAGAUCACCAGAGGUCUUGCCCAGUGGAGAGAAUCUCGAGAGUCCUCGAUUUUGCAGACAUGGUGGUAUUGCUUGGGUUGCAAGCACGGAGGGCACGCUGCUUGCAUAGAGGCAUGGCAUUCUCCGCUGCUUCCCGAUGAGUCAGAUGAUGGUGAUUCUUUGCCUGGUCCACCCGCCUUCCUGCCAGAACCGUUCAGCGAAGGAUGUUGCCCUGCGGAUGGAUGUGGACAUGCAUGUCUCCCAGGUAGAUGGCGAGAUGCAUUGAGCAAUGCCAAAAAGGAACCACUAGAGCGCAAAGUGCGGGAGCAGACCAGAAGCACGAUUCCUACCUUUCGUCGUAACGAUCACAAAGUUGAACCUGCGGGCGAAGUCCCAGGAUCUGCGCCUGCCGUCAUUGGAGGUGUGAGAAGUGACGCGGUUGUUGUAUCCCAAAGCAGAGCUGUGGAGGGUGCUCGUGAAGUACUUGCCGUACCUGAAUCUGGGAAUGUCGCAUCAAUCGACGAUGGUACGCGUUUGACACGGGCUGCUGGCGGUAUCCUCAGUGUCCUUAGCUCAAGCCCGGGCCGCUCAAAUGUUCAAGGCCCUGUAGUUGCCGCAGGUAUCGGGAACAAGUUUGUUGAUAAGAAUGAAAGGGAGAGAAGAAAGAGCGUCAAAUUUGCUGGCGCCCCCGAUGGGCGGCGUUAG